CACAAAUAUCUCCUAGAUAUUUUUAACAAGAACUCCAAAACUAACAUUCAUGCAUUUUUAAUACAGUAUGAGAAAGCCCUUCUAAGAGGCUAUGUUGAAUGCUGUUCAAACCUGACUUGGUGCACCAACCCUCAAGGCUGUGAUCAGAUACUCUGCAAGGAAGGCCUUUGCUAUGGAGAAGCUUGUUCAAAGUGCUCUUGGAUCUCCUGCUUCAGCUGCAAUUUUCCUGAAGCCCACUAUCCUGCCAGCUGCAGUCACAUGUCUCAGUGGAUGGAUGAUGGUGGUUUCUAUGAAGGAAUGACUGUGGAAGCCCAGAGUAAGCACCUGGCCAAACUCAUAUCUAAACGCUGUCCAAGCUGCCAAGCUCAAAUAGAGAAAAAUGAGGGCUGUCUACAUAUGACUUGUGCCAAAUGUAACCAUGGAUUUUGUUGGCGUUGCCUGAAACCUUGGAAACCAACCCAUAAGGACUACUACAACUGCUCUGCCAUGGUAAGCAAAGCAGCUCGACAGGAAAAGCGUUUCCAAGACUAUAAUGAAAGGUGCAUUUUUCAUCAUAAAGCAAAGGAAUUUGCUAUGAACUUAAGAAGUAGAGUUUCCACUGUCAGUGAUGUGCCACAGAUUCGGACCUUGACUUUUGUUGUUGAUGCCUGCAAAGUGCUGGAACAAGCACGAAAAGUCCUGGCAUAUUCCUGCAUCUACAGCUACUAUAACCAGGACACAGAAAAAAUGGAUAUCAUGGAACAACAAUCUGAGAAUCUGGAGCUGCAUACUAAUGCUUUGCAGAUCCUUUUGGAGGAGAUGCUGUUACACUGCCAAGAUCUUGCCUCUUCCAUUCGGUUGCUCAAAGCAAAGCAUUUUAGUAUUGGUUUAGAGUUGGUUCGAAGGAUCCAAGAACGGCUCCUGUCAAUUCUGCAUCAUGCUACUCAGGAUUUCAGAGUGGGAUUCCAAACUCGACAAAGCUCCGAACAGGGUGGGAUUAAGUUAUCCAAUGUACUUAAUGGCACUUCUGCUUAUAAACAGCUGAUUUUUUAUGAAGGAUCUGAUUCACCUGAUACAGAUGAUGGGGGCAAAGAGGAAGAUGAGGAAGAUGAGUAUGUUCCAGAGUGGCAAGAAUAUGAUGAAGACCUCGAUGAUGAUGAUGAUAUUUCUUAUGACGAUGAAUCAGAAAAUCUAGAGAGAGAUUGCUUUUUUUUUGACGACGAAGAUGAACCAUUUGAUUAGAGUUCACCUUUGGACUUUCCAAAUUCUGAAGAAGAGGACCUUCAGGCGACCUUGUCCCUGCUAAUUCUGCUACUAUCAUUGUCACAAACUGCAGGGAGAGAAUUUCAGUUAAUUGGGAGUCAAUUAUAUGAUCGUUUACAAUUAAGGGCACCUUGACUUUGAGAUAGAUCUUUGUGGCUAUUGGAAAAUUCACAGUGCCUGAUUACAUACAAAGUUAAUUAGCCAAAUAAACAAAUGAAAAAGUUGGGGAGCAGUGAGGCUGCAGGACUGCAAACUUUCUUAGAGAAUAAGAUAAGGCUCCGGUCUAGUAAAAAGACCAUUGCCUCAACUCCAAUGCAGGCUUCAAUUUUAAGAGAGCGCUGUAUAUCAUCAAUUUAUGUGAAAGUUUCCACAGCAUCCCUUCCCAUAUUCCCUGUACCUUAUUGCCCAUUAGCUCAUACUUACUUACCCAGAGGUUUUAUUUGAUAAAAAUAUAUCUGACUUUAUUAUUUUGCCCAGCAUUGAGUUAAAAUUCUAGGACCUAAUAGCAAUACAGCCUUAUUUAUGAGUGCCCAUUCAGUUUUGCUCUCCAAUAGUGAUUCAUACAGUAAAUACAUGGAAGCAUGAAUGUGUGCGUGUGUAUGAACACAAGUGUACAUAAAUAUGCAAAGUCUCUAAAGAGGCUUCUUGUCUGCCUGAACCAUUUUCAUUUCCAUUCUAACACAGCUCCAAAACAAUGAACGGAGAUUUUGAUUUCAUUGCAAUAUAAAUUAUUCUACAAGAUUCAGUGCCAGGGACAAUGAUAUUCUCUAAUUAGUGAAAGGGCAAUUUAGGAGAUUGAUUGUGCGUGAAUCACUUGAAUUGCAUCUCGUUUGGACAAAAAUUGUGUGUGCUGGUGUGCAUACGUGCGGAUGCACGCUUGCAUAUAAUGUUUGCUUAUGAAUGUUGGUAAACUGGUGUUUUUUUAAAAAGUAAAACAACUCCCAAACUUAGUUAAAAUGCCCUACUAUGACCCUAUUGGAUAAAUCUGUAGGUUGCUUAUGUUUUGAACUGAAAUGGUUUUGUAUUUUGUAUGGAACUCUUUCAUGAAGAUAUUUUUUUUCUUUAAUGUUCUUUUGCCAUUUGGAAUGCACUCUGCAGGUGGGAAUUCUGCAGGAUAUAGACGUUCAGAGGGUUCAUAUAUACAAUAUAAACAUAUGUAUACAUACAUAUAUAUGUGUGUGUAUGUGUAUGCAGGAGCUAAAAUUGUUCGGAGUAUUAUGCUUUCUCUUUUUUUGAAAAUGAAAAAGAACCCCAAAAUUAUACAACUUCUGUUUAUGAAAUAAACUGGUUUUCUUCUGUUU